AUGGGCUGUGGACCUUCCCAGCCGGCUGAGGAGCAGAGAUUUGUCCCGGCGCCGAGGAGGGGCUGGAAAGAGGGAUUCAAGGCCGAUGUGGGUGUGGCUCCUUCUGGGGAGGACUGCAGACCCCAGCGUGAGGCUGCCCUGCACAAGGACACGGUGGGUGACCCCGAAGGCCUGGAGAAACAGGUCCAGUUGGAAAGCUUACCCGGAACCAUUCCAGAAAGUCCCCCAUCUCCUACUGGAAGGAACAGAGGAAUAAAUUUAGACUUAACAACCAAUGGAUUAAUCCAUAAACUGCAACCCCUAGAGAAUCGAGAGCGACAAAAGUCAUCAGACAUCCUGGAGGAAUUAAUUGUUCAAGGAAUAAUACAAAGCCACAGCAGAGUAUCUAGAAAUGGAGAAUCAUACGAUGUCAUGGUGAACACGGUUGAGAAGCCACUGAGAAAGCCACCCGCCAGGCUGAAAAAACUCAAGGUCAGAAAGGAAGUAGCAGAUUUCACAAUGAAGGACAUAGAGGAGAAGAUGCAGGCGGUGGCUGAACGCAGGAAGACAAAAGAAGAAGAAAUGAGAAAGAGACUACGGAGUGACCGACUUUUGCCCCCUGCCAAUCAUUCCGAUUCAGCUGACCCAGGUGGGGCUGAAGUUCCAUUUGCCAAAGGACUUAACCCUGUGAGUUCUGCCAUGUUUGAGCCAUGGGACCUGCAGGGAGGAAAGCCAUUGAAAAGAAAGAAGAGCAAAAGUGAUGUGACCUCAAGUGAUAGAGACUACAGUUAUGAAGGCAUUGGUGGUGUGGAGUCAGACAUGUCCUACAACCAAGAAGAGGACAUAUUCUAA